GCAUAGAAUUCAUUUUAACAGAAAGGGAAGGAAGGAACAGCAAAGAGCAGGAAAAUCAAGAGAGAGAAGGGGAAGAAAAUCAUGCAUUGUGCUGUAGCAGCAGUGUCAAGCUCUCCAAUAUUCACGCCGUCACCGAGAAAGUUGUCUCCGAUUUUCUGCAAGCCGGCGACAUCUCCUCCGCCGGCGACGCUGUCGUCUCCGUCGUCGUAUGCGAUCAAGAACAUACGAGGUUCGUUUAAUGGAGGGGAAGAGGAGGACGUAGGGUCGCCGAAGGCGCCGGCGAUGUUGAAGAGGAAAAGACCGGGGAGGAUUAGUAUACCGGUGGCGAGUUUAGGGUUUGAGGAUAUUAAAACGACGACCGAUUUGGAUAGGUCGAGUGAUGUGGAGUUGGAAGGAGAGGGUUAUUCGGUGUGCUGUAAGAGAGGGAAAAGGGGAGGUUUGAUGGAGGAUCGCUACGCUGCCGUCUUGGGUCUUCAAGGGGAUUCUAAACAGGCUUUCUUUGGUGUAUUUGAUGGUCAUGGAGGAGCUGGAGCUGCAGAAUUUGCAGCACAGAAUUUGCAGAAGAAUGUUAUGAAUGAACUGUCAAAAAGACGUGAAGAGGUUGAAGAGGCGGUGAAGGAGGGGUACCUCAUUACAGAUGGUGAGUUUUUGAAGGAAGAAAUCCGUGGUGGUACCUGCUGUGUGACAGCAAUGAUUCACAAAGGAGACCUAGUGGUCUCCAAUGCCGGGGAUUGUCGUGCUGUUAUGAGUCGAGGAGGAGUUGCUGAGCCCCUCACAGUUGAUCAUAGGCCUUCACUGGAUGAUGAAAGAGAGAGGAUUGAGAGUCUGGGCGGCUAUGUGGACUGUUGCCGUGGUGUUUGGAGAGUGCAUGGGUCCCUUGCCGUAUCAAGAGCAAUUGGAGAUCGCCAUCUUAAAGAAUGGGUGAUAGCUGAACCGGCAACAAAAGUGUUCAAGAUUGAACCAGAGUGCGAGUUCUUAAUCCUGGCUUCAGAUGGCCUAUGGGACAAUGUUAGCAAUCAGGAAGCAGUAGAUGUCGUCCGAUCGUCAUGCAUCGGUGUGGACAAGCCAGAAGCAUUCUAUGCUUGCAAGAAACUUGUUGAUUUGUCACUAACAAGAGGAUCUCUUGAUGACAUAAGUGUUAUGGUUAUUCAAUUAACUCAAUUCAUCCAGUAACUAAUAUAAGGAGUAACAGCUUAGAUGGUAAUUGUCUCUUCCAGCUGCUAGAAGCUUGCAGACUCUUGAAAAUUCACAUCAGCCCCCCUAAUUAUGCAUAUGAGUAACACCAUGUAACUUGAACUAUAUCCAUAAAACAUCCUAGAUAUAGCUUUUUCUUGCACAUCUUGGCCAUUUCACCUGCCAGAGUAGAGGGAUUUUGCCAUUAGCAAGAAUUUAAUAGUACAAGAGUAUAUUGUUCAUAUUCUAACUUAUCAGACAGUACUGUAGUCAAUAAAUUGUGGAGUUGUAAUGGAAAUAUCUCAACUCCAAUGAUGAAUAUAAUAGCCUGUAUUAGGUACCCCUGUUCUUUCUACGGCUUCUAUAUUAUUCUUGAAUAUCAAUGAAUAUAUUUAAAUCUCAAAAGCCAGAUGGAUGGUUGUGAUUGGUCUUCCUCCUGUUUUAAAUUCUUGUAAUCCCAUAUGCAAUUCCUGGCAUGCAUCAACUUUGAUGGUGAUGGAGCAAGUUGAGUUGGCUAUGACAACCCGCAUUCUGAAAACGUGUUUAUUGGGUGGAUUUCAUCUUUAGAUUCUUAUAUUCAAAGAAAGGGAUGGCAAGGCAAUGAAAGGCAUUAGGUCUUCAGUUGGUCCACAUGGUCAGGUCUGGCAGCUGCUUACUCGUUCUUUGUGAGAUGGGGCUUCCACAUUAUACAAUUAUCAAUGGACUCUGGAAGCGUGUUUCACACCUAAUGAAUUAUCUCGUGCAAGGGCAAUUGUUUGGAAAUUAGCGCAUGUUCUGGAGCAUUGGCGGGGGGGCGCUGUUACAGAUUGUAGUAUGCGGUUCUUAUGCACAUCAGUCAAAAAAUGAUAAUAUGCCACUAAUUGUUUAUAAUUUGUACAUAUUUCUAAUAAGAUUAAAAGUUGGAGAUAAUUACGCUCA